AUGUUUUCCUUGGUCCUCUUCCCUGCUCUGGUUGCUCUUUGCUCUGCUCAGUACCCCUACAACCCAAACCAGUACCCACCGCAGCCCUAUCAACCGCAGCAGCAACACCAACAAAACAGCAACGGCGCCCCGGUGCACUACGUCAGCAUCGGACAGCAGCUCCAAGGCGACUACAAGUUCGGUUACAACACCGGAAAUGACGGCAGCUUCCGGGAAGAGACCAGGAAUCCGGACGGUUCCGUGUCCGGCGCCUAUGGCUACAUAGACGCAUCCGGCAAACAGAAGAUCAUCCGGUACACCGCUGGCAAAGAUGGGUUCAAGGCCGAAGGUGAUGACAUCCCCAAAGCUCCUCCUGCACCCCAGCCUACCGCUCCACAACCCGCUUACCAGCCACAGCCACAGUACCAAGCACAGCAGUACCAGCCACAACAGUACCAACCACAACAGUACCAGCCGCAACCAGCUUACAACAAUUACGUCCAACCUCAGCCAACUCAGAAUUACAACCAGUACGCAGCGCCUCAGCAGUACAACUCCAACCAAGGUUCCUACAACCCCUUUGCAUACAACAACCCAGCUCCAGGACAGCAAGCCCCACCACCAGUGAAUCUUCUGUCCUACAACAUUGGUGGCCAACCCAACCAGUACCAGGGUUAAGUCUCGCCUAGAACCAUCGACUCUCAAAAUACACCAGGGUAAAGAAAAAAUUGUUUUACUCUUUCCUGAAACUACUUUUACGAAGGCCUAUCCUCUUUACAGCUACAAUAUCAUCCCCUCAGGAUGGUCUCAAAAGUAUUAGCUGCGUCUUUAUCAGUUCUACCUGUAGUAAGAGACUUCCUAUUCAAACCAACUACAGGACAACCUCUUAUACAUAAAGUUGCUUUUUUGCCCUACAAUAUUGGUGGAGGUCAGUCAAACCAAUAGCAAGGCAAAUUUCUAUGAAGUCACUAUUAGUCAAAAUUCAUCUUAUGCAAAAAAAAAAAAAAAAAAAAAAAAA